CAUCCCUAAUUUCGGAAAGUCGUGCAUUAAUUAAACGCGUGGAAAUUCUGCUAAAACCAUCAAAAUAAAUUGAACGAAAUAGUCAAAAGCAUAGUAUGCGAUGGCGGCAAUCGCAUCACUAUGAAAUUUAAAUGUGAAACGUGUACUAAACGUUCUAAACAGCGCCGCGAUAUCUUUUGAGUGCUCAAAAGCGAAAAUGUUCAAAAGAACUAAAAACAAGUGCCCAAGUGUAUGCAAAUUUUAUUUGUAUUGUAAAAAUCAAUCGUAAAAAGAGUUUUGUGCGCUAAAUACGCAAAAAUUCAAAAUCAACGCUUUCUGCUGAAGUAAACAGAGUUGUGAAAAAUGAAGUGAGACUCCAAUGAACAAAUUAAACGCUCCAACAACGAAAGAUUGUUUAUGUAAAAUACAGUAUAUCAAACGGAUAAGAAGUCGCAACAUACAACGACGGACAACGAGAUUAACGGGACAUAAUAGUGGGUGCAAAGCAGCAACGGAAGAAGCAGGAACGACGCUGAAGAAUAUCAUAUCGCGCACAGUUAUGGUUGUAAUGGCUGACAAUGUAAUGUGGCACAGUGUUGGACACCCUCUAUGCAAUUCAAACGCGCACCGCCAACCAUUACCGUUAGGAGUCAGUCUGCAGCAGGCCAGCAGUGCCAGUACCAGAACCGGCGACGAAGAAAGCAUUUCUGGUUAUGCAUUAGGCCCCCAAUACUUUGGGGGCACGCCGAACCAGCUACAGCUCCAGCAUCAGCAGCAACAGCAACAUGACUGCAUUGCCAGUGAAGUAGUGUUGUGAAACGACAAAGCGCGACAAAGAACACAUCAACCAAGCGAGUAAUCUGAACUUAAAGCAGCCCCUCUCAACACAAAAAUAUCUUAUUUUAGUUAACAAAGCGAUCCAAACGGAACCCAGAAGAACCAUGCCCACGCACGACACAGUCUUCGUGGAGCCGGCUGUUAGCAGCACCAGCAGCGGCGGUGGCAGCGGAAGUGUCAGCAGCACGAGCAGCAGCAGCAUCAGAGUCGGGGGUGGGCCCCAGCAUCCACCUCCGCACAUCGUUAUCGAUGGCAGUAGUCUGUCCACGCAGGCGCAGCUGCAGCGCAUCAUGCACCGUCGAAUGUCGAUAAGCACGCGCCAGAUACUCAGCGCCAGCCAAAGCCAGCCCCAGCCGCCACCUUCCACCCAGAAGUACGCCGUGCGUACCACAGCCACGGGGGCAGCAUCGGGAGCCGGCGGCUCCACGCAGGAGCUGAUCAAUCCCCAGAUCUAUAAGAUUGUGACCACUGAUGGCAGCACCAGCAAUGUCAUUAUCGAUGCCGGAGCUGCUGCCCCGCCACACAACUCCAAGCUGCUUCUCAGCAAUCUCACGGUCCUGUCGAAGCAAGGGCCUGGGACGCCUGGCACCCAGCAGCACCAGCUCAAUUAUCUGGGGGCCAAGAAUUUGCCGUAUGUCACGGCCUCGCCCGCAAAGGGAAUGCAGCAGCAGCAGCCACAAAAAUUCGGAAGCAUCAGUGCGUUUAAGGCGCAGCAGCAACAGCAGCAACAGCAGCAGCAGAACCAGCAGCAGGCCACCUUGCAGAAGGUGACCCUGGGAUCCCGGGUGGCCACCCGCCUCCAGUCGUAUGUCCCGGUUAGCCAGCACUCGGCCAAUCCGCCUCAGAUAAUUAUCCAGCCGGCACAGCCCAAGUAUGUUAAUGCCACGGCGACGACUGUGGCAAAUGCUGCUGUCCUGAAGAAGGCCAAUCAGAAGAUCACGGUCAAGAGCGUGGGAAACAUGCUGCAGCAACAGCAACAACAGCAGCAGCAACAACAACAACAACUACAUGCACAACAGCUGAAGAACUUCAUUUCGCUCCACCAGCAGCAACAGCAACAACAGCAGCAGCAGUCCUACAAGGCGGGAACCAAGACAAAGUUUGUGAAGCAGUCGACGUCCCUGUCUAUAGCUGCCCUUCCCCAGCAGCAGCACCAACCCAGCUAUGGCAAGCAGGGAAUGUCCAUGUCCACGCCAACAAAGGUCACAAAACUAAGUAGCAAGUAUGUGCAGCAGCAGAUAAGUCUGCCGCAGGGAACCCAGCUGCAGCACAAAACAUCAGCGACAAGUGCCACGGCCGCCGGGUAUCUGCUGCAGCAGCAGCAGCAGGGACAGGGCCAGGGCUCGGGAUUGACCACCACCGCUGGAUCCAUAAAAUUUGUGAACUCGCACGGCACCGUUAUCCAGCAGCACCCCCAGCAGCAUCAGCUGCAGGCGAUGCAGAAGCGCACGCACUACAACAGCAGUGGCAGUAGCGAAAACGAGCAACACUCGGACAGGACUUCGUCCUCGCUGGUCACUGACGACGUGGUGAUCGUCAAUGGCACUCAGAUGACGGACGAGCUCUCGGCCCGCAUCCUGCAGAGCAUGGCCCAGAAGUCCUAUAGCCAGCAGCAGCAGCGCUUUCAUCAGACGCCUGGCAGUGGAAGUGGCAACACCCAAAUGCCGCCCCCCACUCAAAUCAUAUAUAGCAGUAGCAACAGCAGCAACAGCAACAACAACAGCAAUGGAGGAGGGGUGGCAGUGGCCAACAGUGCAGGAUCCCCGUCGGGUGGAUCCAAUCCUACUGGAAAUCUUCUGCUGACGCACUUCCAGACAUCCACGAAGGCUACCUCGCCCUCGUUUCUAUCGGUGGGGGCGAAUCCGACCGUGAGUUUGGCCAGCACGCCCUCGGUAAGCAUAUCCUCGCAUGGAUUCGCGAGCGGCAGUGCUGCCAUCUCCUCCUACAUGUCAUCCGCCACUGCUGCGCGUCGUCAGUCGGUAAGCGCGCCUAGCAGUCGGGCGGCUUCCCUGGAGCGAAAGCAGCAGCAGCACCAACAACAACAACAACAACAACAACACGAUUCUGCGCUGGGCAGUGCGCGCAAAGCACCCACUGUAAUCGAGUAUUACAACAAGCAUAGCAUCGGCAACAGCAUUACUACCGGCAGCAAUAAUCAAAUCGGAAAUACACCAAUGGGAGGAAAUACUAUGAGCAAAGUUGGUAGCACAAUUGGCCAGGUUAUUGGAAACUUCACUGGAAGCAACCGCACCAGCAAUGGACCGACCAUCGCAGCUACAAAUAUUCCAGCAUCGCCUGUUCAUGUACAGCCCAUUAGUGCCCCUAGUGUCCCGGAAGAGGGAGCACCGCCGUCGCCCUCGACAGCAUCAUCGCUGAAGGCCACUCCUCCACUGCUCCAGCAACAGCAGCAGCAGCAACCGCUUCAACCGCAGUUGGGCCCGAAUCAGGACGAGGACCUGUUCAUUGAGGAGGUGCGACCGGUGCCCGUGCAGACCCAGGAUCUGCGAUUGCAGCAGGUGCAUGCCAUCACACAGGAUCAUACCUACGCCUCGCAACAGCAGCAGCCACAGGCACAGGGACAGGCGCAGGGGGCAAACACAGCGGCAGCCACUGCUGGAUCGGGUUCGGCACAGCCGCAGCAAUGGUCGCUGGGCGGCAUUGGUGCGACAGUGGCCGGAGGGUCAGCCACACCCACACCCACAGCAGGCGGCGCUUAUGGCAGUUAUGGCGGCUAUGGCCAGCAGAUUACGCGCCAUGUGACCGACGAUGAUGCACACUCGGCGAUCAGCAGCAGUUCUCGCUUGGGACUGGCCAGCAUCGACAUGGAUCCGGGCGAGGAGACGGAGACAGCGCCCGAGGCUGAGGCUGAGGAUGAUUCAGUCACGCGUUGCAUUUGUGAUCUCACCCACGACGAUGGCUACAUGAUUUGCUGCGACAAGUGCUCGGUAUGGCAACAUGUGGACUGCAUGGGCAUCGAUCGGCUAAACAUCCCCGAGUUCUACAUGUGCGAGCUGUGCGAGCCGCGGGCCGUCGACAAGGCCAGGGCCAGGGCAUUGCAGCGCCAGAAGCGCAGAGAGCACAUGAUGUUGGUGGCCACGCAGGCGGCAAAUGGAGCCGCCGCCAUUGCAGCGGGUACUGCAGUGGCUGGUGGCACGGCUGGAGGACUACUUCUCGCUGGAGCUGGAGCUGGACCUGGACCUGGUCUGGCCAUUUCGGAGGACAACCAGCAACAUCGUCUGACAUCGGGUCUGAAUGGAGGAUAUGCCACGGGCACCGGCAUGUCGAAAAAGUCCAAGAAAACCAAAGACGGCACGGCGGGAACAGCUUCGCUCAAGAAGAACAAGAAGAGCGGCGGAGGAGGCGACAAGAACAGUAGCAUCAAUGCCAGCGGCGGCGGGAAGACCAGCAAGAAGAGCAGCAAACGUAAGUCCAAGUCCGGCGUAGACGGAGCCGGCGGCAGCGGCAGUAGUCCCGCUCUGACAGCGGCCGAGAAGCACGCGGCCAAUCUGCGCCUGUGGAUUGAGAACUACGAGUACGCGGUGACCAAUCACUACUCCCCUGAGCUGCGGGCCCGCCUGCACGCCAUACAGAAGCAGCCGAGCCUGCUGCAGAGCAUCCAGAACACGGAGAACAAGGCCCUGCGACAAAUCCAGAUCUCGAGUGCCGCCAGCGAGCUGGAGCAGCGGGCCCAGCUCAUACCUUAUGCGGGGGCCAAGGUGCUCAUCAGCAGCGUUGACCUGUCCCCGCACGCGCCCAUCCACGAGCUGCGCGGCAAGUAUAUGCUCACCACCCAGUUCCGCACCCAGAAUCCCACCGUCAACAUGAACACACCGCCGCCCAGCAACUAUCUGAACAGCUUCAAGGCCCACAAGACGCCCGGCCAGUUUGUGUUCUUUUAUCAGCUGCCCGGCGUGGAGGCCCCCAUGCAGACGCUGCGCCCGGACGGAAGUGCGCCGCAAGAGCAGCAGCAACCACCCGCCUAUCUCAAGGGACCGGAGGUGUGCGUCGAUACGCGCACCUACGGGAACGAUGCGCGCUUCGUGCGCAGAUCGUGCCGCCCCAAUGCCGAGCUGCAGCACUAUUUCGAGAAGGGCACACUCCACCUGUACAUUGUGGCCCUGACGCACAUCCGAGCCCAGACCGAGAUCACGGUGCGUCACGAGCCGCACGAUCUGGCUGCCGUGGAGCAAAAGAAGUCCGAUACCGCCGUCGUACAACCCACGAGCACGCGAUGCGCCUGCGACCUGGGCACCGAUUGCCUAUUUGCUCUGCCACUGGCCGUGCAACAGCAGCUGCAGGCGCCGCCUGCUCAGCCGCGGAGCAGUCACCGCAACAAGGCCGCAGCUGCAGUAGCGGCAGCCAACAGUGCAGCAGCCAUCCAGCUGACGAUGGGCCUGGGAGUGAGCACCGGAGCAGGAGGAGCAGUGCUGCCCAAUGCCAGAAAUCGGUCGACGUCGUCCAGCGGGGAGAGCAGUCACAUGGGUCUCAACAGUCCGCAGUUGAGCCAACUGAAUAUUGGCUUUAAGCCUUCGCCUGCAGUCGCCUGCCUGCAGAACACGCCGCCUGUUGUUGCUGCCGUCCUGUGCAGCAGUAGCGGAGGCAGCAACAGCAGCAACAACUCCUGCUCGGUGUCCAUGUCCAUGUCCAGUGUGCUGCACGACUCGGGCAUCUGCACGUCGUCCUCGUCGCCAUCGGUGUCUAUUCCCUCGCCGACGCCCAUCCAGCUGCAGUCGCCCACAUUGCAGCAGCAGCAGCAGUCUCAGAUACAAAUUGGAGCACAGCCUGCACAGCUGUCGCUGCUGCAACGGAGUCCCACACAGCAGCAGCAACAGAUCCUGGCCUCUCUGCCCACGCCCAUGCUGCUCUCGCCUCAGUUGCAGGUGGUUCCAACGCCACAGCACGCACAGCAGCAGCAGCAGCUGCAGCAAGUUGUGCUGCCCCCCACACCACAGCAAUCAUCGCUAUUGCAGCAGCAGCAGCAGCAGCAUCAUCUUCCACAGGAGCCUCUGGCGGUUAUAGCAGCAGCGGCGGCUGCUCAGCGACCCAUGGCCACCUACUUUGUCCAGCAGCAGCAGCAAUCGCCGCAGCGACAUGUAGUACAGAAACUUGUGUCACCGCAACAUCAAAUGCCACAGCAGCAGCAACAGCAGCAGCAAGUGCAACAAACGUUUCUUAAACAGCAACAUAGACAGCAGCAACAGCAGCAGCAAAUGGCUGAUGAGGCUCGAAUGGCAGUGAGUGCGCUGCAAACGUUGCACGCAGCACCCACUUCACAUAUUGUGACACCCAUUAAAGUGAUAGCCCCACAGCAGCAGCAGCAGCAGCCUCAAAUACAGCCACAGACUCUGUUACAACAGCAGCAACUGAGUCAACAUCAGCAACAGCAGCAGCAACAUCAGCAGCAACAACAGUCACCGCAGCAACAACAGCCACCGCAGCAGCAACAGCAGGUCAACUAUUCUACUAUUCAAGUGACACCGCCAACUAAAGUACUCACUGUGAAGAGUGUUCCCACGGCCGCCAACAACAUAAGCAUCUCUAAUCCGUCGCCUGCUCCAACGACAGGCACAAGGAAAACUCCAAUCAGGCAGCAGCAGCAGGGAGCACCACCAGCUGCCGUCGCAGAUGCCUCUCCAACAGCAGAAUCCAAAGAGGACGACGGACCCAGUGACACGCCGCCUCCACGCAACGCGGCCAAAGACGGAAAGAAGCCAUCGCGAGAGGACCGCAAGCUGGCGGCCAUAAUACGGGCCAUCGACAACAUGGAGAAGCGGGAGGCACGCGGCAAGAAGGAGACGCGUCAAAGCAGCGGAAAGCGGCAGGCGAGCAACUCCCCUGCCUCGCCCUGCGGUAAGCGGCGAAGGUCCGUCUCCAUCAGCGAAGAUGCCGAGACUCCUUCGGGCAUCAAUGCGGGUGUCCCGGCGACAACGCCACAGCGUAAGAACCGAAGGAAGCGCAAUGUCAGUCGCAGCUACAAUAACAACGGACUGAACAACAAGCGGAGGAAGAGCGUCCUGAUGGAGUCCGAUUGCGACUCACAUGCGCUGACCAACUCGGAGUCCGAGGACCAAGUGCAGCAGCAGCAACAGCCGCAUCCCCACCAUCAGACAGUGGAUCAGGCGGCUGGCCUGCUUCUGGCUUUGGCACACAACACAUCCUCUGCCAGCGACUCCUUCAAGUCGCCCACUCCCCAGCCGCAGCAGGGCACCCCGGCUUCCGUGAGCAGCGCCUGCCUACUGAUUGAGGCCGCCAUGGGACCGUUGGAACAGCCGCUGCAGUCGCCGUCAGCCAUGUCCUCUCCCGCCCCCAUGGGAGAGUUCAAGUACCCGCCAGGUGGGGCCAAAACCAAGAAGACACUUAUGUCCAGCUGGUUCCAGCAGGCAGAGCAGUGCGAAUCGCAGCAGUCCGGGUUGGACAGCCUUGUCCAGGCGGCCAUGUGUGAAAUCAACGGCGAGAGAGAGCAACUGAAGCAGCAGCAGCAGCAGCAACAACAGAUGAAAUCUUCGCCGGCACCGGCUCUCCUAAAGGUGGAGCAGUUCAUCCACCAGGCGGAAUCCACGACCGCAGCCCCACAGGCGACACCCAGGGAGCAGCUUCACCUCCCCUUGCAGAACAAUUCCUCGGUGAAGAAGCGAUGGCUGCGUCAGGCCAUUAGCGAGGAGACCACCCCGGAUCCAGAUGAGGGACUUCAGCAGCGGCAGUCCCCUGCUUCUGCCACUCCCGCACCACCGCACCAGGUGCACGUCGUCUCGCCACUGGCAAACGGAUUCAGCACACCGCUGAAGAAGCGUCGCUUGGUGAUUAGCAACGGAGCCACCGCCACAGACACAGCCGCAGCCAAUGUGGAGACGGAUGAGCCGCACAUUGAUGUGAUUGGUGAUGCCAAGGAUACCGAUGCCAUGGACGAGGUGGAUGUCGUUGUGCCGCUGAAGGUGGAGACGGAAACAGAGCUGCUGGAUGUGCAGAGCCACAGCCACAGCCACACCCAUCAUCUGAAUCAGAUCCAUCAGCUGCAUCACCAGGAGCAAGAUGAUGAUGUGGACAUUUUGCGUUCGCCCAGUCCUGGUGCCCAGCAAAUCGUAGCUGAAGACAAUCUGGUCAAGAUCGAGCCGGAGGACACCAGUGCGGCUGCCGAUGAUGUUAAGAUCGAUGUGGAGCGCGAGGAGAGCCAAGCCUGCGACAAGUUCGAGGAGAUGGUGAAGGUGAAGCGCAAGGAGGAGGAGGAGCGUGAGAAAAAGGAACUUCGUGAGACUCAGCCCCGGCCCCAGGCCCAGACCCAGCCCCAGCCCCAGACCCAGGUACAAGAAGAGCCAAAACUAGAGGCUAAAGUGGCACCGAAAGUGGAGCCACCAGUAAAGGGGCAGCCAAGCCAAGUAGAGGCCAAGCCGGAGACGGAGGCACCCAAGGUGGUGCAGCCGAAAGUGGAGCCCAAGCCAGGAGAGUCUCUGCUGCGCAGCACAGCUACAGCUGCAGCCACAGCCACAGCAGUAGCACCAGCACCAGGAGGUGCAAUCAAUUCCCGUCCGCUAACCCUCAAGAUAAGGGAGGAGCUGCCAAAGAAACCAAAACGAGAGCCAACACCUCCUUCAGCGAAGCCCCAGCUGCCAUCGCAGUCACAACAGCCACUAGCAGAAGCAGUGGCAAAGGCAGCAUUGCCGACCCUUGCACCAGCAGCAGUACCAGCAGCAAUCCCAGCACCAGCACCAGCACCAGUAAAAGCAGCUGCAGUUGCAGCUACAUCUGCAUCGAACAGCAGCACAAAAAGUCUCACCGAACUUGAUAUGCAGGAACGUUUGUUGUCCUUCCAUGAGCAGAACAUUUUCUACUUACAGUCAAGGAACAAGAAGGCGGCAGCAGCCGCUGCAGCAGCGGCGGUGGCUGUGGCAUCAUCGUCAUCGUCCAGUAACAAGAUCAGCAGCGGCAGCGGGACAGAGGCCAAGAAGUCAUCGUCUAAGGAGAAGGACGAAAAGCGGGAGAAGGACAAGCAGACGAAGAAGUCGAAAAAGGAGAAGAAAAAGUCCAAGGACAAGGAUAAGCAGAAAACCGCAGCCAGUCACACAGGAUCGCAAGUAGUUGUUGAGCAAAAGAAGAAAAACCAGCAGCAGUCACAGGCCCGACGGCCAGACGCCAAAGCUUCCUCUGCUCUGGCUGCUGCUGCACCUGCAGCUCCAGCUCCAGCUCCAGCUGUAGCCUCAAGUGCAGCAGCAACUCCCACUCUUCCGGUGGCCACAGCCAACGGCAAGACUAAGCACAUCGCCCACACACCCAACAACAACGUGGAGCAGCAGCAGCAACAACAGCAACAGAUGCGUCGUCGCACCAUGUCCAUGUGCGUGACACCCGUCACCCCGUCUCUUGCAUCGCUACCCACUUCAUUGCUGGCUCCCCCGCCGACAAAGAAACGCCAGACCAACUUCGAGCAGGAGUUGACCAAACCGAACAGCCAGAUCCUGAGCAGCAGCAUUCUCCUGAACAGCAGCAAGGCUCAGGGAGCCAGCACGGCCAUAGCCACAGCCUCUCCGAUGGUCGUCCAGCCGCAGCAGCAGCAACAACACCGCAAAGAAAACAACCACCAUGAGGCGAAUCCCGGAGGUGGUCCCAUGAGCCUGGCUGCGGCCAUCGCCAGUGGAAAGCUGACAACCAUCAGCCGCAGGAGGGAGUCCAUGUGCGGGAGUCGUCAGCAGGCGGCGCUCAUACAGGCCGCGCUCUUGAAGAAAGAAAAGAAGGAGAAGAAGUCGAAGAAGAAGGACCGCGAGAAGCGGAAGCAGGAGAAACAGGAGAAGCAAAAGAGCAAGGACAAGGAGCGCGAAAAGGGUAAAGGAAAGGGAAAGGAGAAGGAAUCCAAGCAAAAGGUCAACAACAACAUUCAACAGAAGCCAUCCACACCGACUGCAAAUCCCAUUCCCACUGUGGACCCACGCGCCACUCCGACGCCGAGGCUGACGCCAAAGGCUGCCCCCAUCCCAGUAUUGAUUACCCAGCCCAUUGCAACGCCCAUCCUCCCACAGGGACUGGCCUCCAAAAUGCCGCUGCCCUACUACAACACCAUCUAUGGCAAGCUCCAAGACCCGCCACCAGCCAGCAGCAGUAGCAGCAGCAGCAGUAGCAUGCCCAGCCUUGCCGAAUACCUGGCCUCUACGAAAUCAAAGGCGGCGGUCACGCCUACGCCCACGCCAGUGGUCCCCACCCUGGCCGUGGCAAAGCCUAGUCCUGGAGCAGGAGUCACGCAUGCCUUGUCCGCCAGUCCGGUCGUUACCUCGAAGGACAUGCCGCCGCCAACUACAACGCCUAUUAAGAUCUACACGCGGACCGCCAAUUGCGAUCCUCGGCUGAACCCCAUGCUCACGCAGCCCGAGCCCGCACCCAUGCCCAAGCGAAAGCUCUCCAUCAGCGAGUACCGCAUGCGGCAUCGUCCAUCGGUGGACACGGCGCCCAGUCCAGCCACUCCUACUACGCCUACCUCCAUUAAUGUUGGAUUUGGACAGGCGCACACAAUCAACAAGUGCUCGCUGCAGUCGCCUGAGCACUACCAGGCAGCCAUGCGCGAGCGCCGCAACUCGAUCAGUGUGCACCACCACCAGAACAUCAUCAGCAGCUUCAACAACAACACCCCCAGCAAGGGAAGUGCCAUUGGAACUGGGAUUGGGACAAGCAUUGGCAGCAGCAGCCUAAAGAAUCUGCAGCAAGUGCUGGGCGUCUCGGGUGGUGGACCGAUCAAGAAGCUACCCUCCGCUGCCACUACUCUGAGCAAUGUGAACUCAAUCCUGAGCACCGCCCAGAAGCUGAACAUGUUCGAUGACAAGCCCAGGAUGGAGCAGAGGGCGCCUCUUGCCAGCACUUCUAGCAAAUAUCAGCUUAUCCCUGGCGCAGGAGGACACUUCAAUGCUGCACCCACUCUGCUCGAGCAGCAGCAGGAGAAGAUGAGUGAACGGUCACGCAGCGCUCAACGCUUCAUGCAGCGAACCAUAUCCUGCGACUCGCGGGUGAUUGAGCGACUGGGCGCCGCUGGUGGUCCGGGCUCCACGAAGGUCAAUGAGAAGAUGACGGCCGCGGGAGGUAGGCGGGAUGGCGUCUGAGACGGACUCACGUAAAAGAAAAACGAACUAGUGCGGAAAUCGAGAAACUCCAACAAGAAACAACGAUAAUGAGAAAGUGCUGACGAAAUCAAUCGUUUGCCUCGUUACAGAUUCACUUCCCUUACACAAAACAAACAACAACAGAAACUUUUUUUUUUUUUUUUUUAAACGCUUUAAAUAUUUUAAAGAAAAUUCCGCAUUGAAAUAUAUAGAUAUAUACAUGUACAUGAUAUACACAUAUAUAUAUUUGUAUGUGUGUGCAAUCGAUUCAUAAAAACGAAGAGCGAGAUUUAAUACGCAACAGAUCCGAUACAAUCCACACUUAAUGUAAAUAAUGAAACGGAAUAACUUGCAAAGCAAACAAAAAACAACACAAAAAUUAAAAGAAACGAGACGAAACUAAACAAAACAAAACAAAAAUACAUAGCAGAAACACCUUUUGAAACACUAAUUAGUUAAUGAAUAGUCUCGUUUUUGUCACAGCAAACAAGCCAAUUCUAUUACUUACCGAGAAAGAAAACAAACAACCUACUAUUUACGAUACAUAGGGCCUAUAGAAUGAUACUAUAUACGAAUUAACUUACCUAGCAUGUAGUUUACAGAUUAGGCGGCGAAAACUGAAGUUAUUUGAGACGUUAGAGAGUCCCUUCUGGCAUCGUUUCGUUAUUAAAUAUGUAUUUUAGUACCUAAGUUGACUCAAACCAAGAGACGAGCUUCGAUAUAACCAAUGCAGUAGCGGGAGAGCCCAAAGCUGCGAGCAAGCAAAUGGGGGAGGCCUCCCCAUUUUAUUUCUUUAACUUUAAUUUCACACAUGGAACUACGUUUAAUUUAAGAAUAAACAAAAAAAUCAAUUAUUAAAACAUUUCAAUAUCAUAUUUACCCAAAACCAGAAAACACUGAUUAGCCAGAUUAAAACGCAAGCAAUACUCUUGAACUAAACAGAAUAGAACAGAACAGAACAGAAAAGAACAGAACAAAGAAACACCCAGAAAAAGCAAAUGUAAAUAAUACUUUAAAAAAAACACCAACAUAUAACAGAGAAUAAAAAAUGUAAACUAAUCUAUUAUCGACAAGAUACACACGUAAA